AUGUUCCCCUCUGUUGAGGAGGCGGGCGUGACCCACGCGUUUGACUUUGUGCAGUUCCUGGUCAACGAGCGCAAGGCCAACCCCCGCACCCAGUUCAACGUGCUGGCCGCAUGCGUGCACGUUGUGCGUUUCCUGUACCACGGGGAGUCCAAGGUGGACCGGGCCAACCCGAAGGCCGUGCCCUACAGUGACCUGCCGGUGAUGGCGGCCCUCAAGCAGCUGGUGUCAAAGGCGCACAAAGCCGUCAAAAAGGCACGUGGAGCUCGUGCUGCAGCCCCCCUGGUUGCUGACGAGCGCCUCAAGUGGCUGGAGUGGGACGAGUUCCUCGGCCUAGUCAGGGAGCUGCAUGGGGAGUGCGCGGACCGCCAGCGCACCCUGCGUGAGCUGCAGCUGGGCCGCACGCUGGUAAAGGAGGACGGCAGGUGGCUGAUCCGCCACACAGCGGCCGACUACAAGACGGGGAAGCUGUACGGGCAGCGCCCCCCUUUGGUCAUUGCGUCCUUCCUCUACCCAGAGCUGGAGGCCUACAUAAAUGAGUUCAGGGCUGAGCUGAACCCCAGCCACGACUUCCUCUUCACGCGCGUCCUGGGGGGAGGGCCCCUCACUGACAAGGCGCUCUACGACAUGUUCGAGACCGAACUUGCCUGGUCGCUUGUGUUCGGAGUGCUGUAA